CCAACUGCCCUCAGAGAUCGACGUCAAAAGAACGCGAAACUAAGGCUACUUGGAGUGAGUAUGAAUCUGGAUUAGAUGAUAAUAUAAUCAAUGAAGAAGCAUAUAUGGCAUUCACUCUUAAUAAUGAAGCCAGUGCAUCUGAUGAUGAUGAGAAGCUUUACUGCAAAUCAGCUGAUAUCGAGGUAAAAUCUUACUCCGCAUCAUCCGAGUUAAAUUCAGAACAAUUUUUGUUUGCCUUAAAGAACCUAGAAGAUGAAGUACGAACCAUGAAUAUCAAGUACUAUUGUCUCAAGGAGGAAAUUAUGAAAAACAACGAUGCGAUAAUUAAACUCAAUCGUCUCGUAAAUUUAAAUAAAAUGCAGAUUGGUGAGUUGUGUGGAGCAAAAGAGUUAAUCAAAUUGGACAAGGAUCACAUUUACAACUUGUUAUAACAUAGGAAUGUCACUGCUCUUUCUCCUGACAAUAGCCCAACAUCUUGUAGCAUAUCUGUUGCUAGAAAUCAAACACAUAGAGGUAAGCAUUACUAUUGUCAUCCCAGUAAAAUAAAUAGAUAUCGAAGAUCUAUGAAAUGUUCAAACUGUCUUAAACAUGGACAUUACAGAAGAAAUUGUUGGUGGCAACCUUAUUCAUUUACCCACCAGUACUGGAAACCCUCACUCAAACAGGUUUGGGUUAGGAAGAACGCUACUGGUUGAUCUUUGAGGUUUUGGGAGCUGAUGUAAACCUUUGGUUUCUGGUUAAUGGAUGCUCCCUCCAAACCUCUGAUGUAGCUGAUCUCUACUGUUUCUGUUAUACAUAUGGUGGCUUGGUAUUGUUGGCAGUCAAUAUAAAUUGUGGUUUAAUUAGCUCACUGUUGAUACAUAAAGGUUCGUGUAUUUUGGUUUUCCUGGUCAUAGUUGCCAUUAGAUUGUCUUAUAACAUUGAUGGAUUUGUAUGCAUAGAAUUUUUGCCUAGUUUAUUGCAGCAAAAAGAGUUUAAACUGCAUUAUUCAUUCCAUGUGUUCAUUAUUGAGAAUUGAGAUUGCGAUUGAGGGGGAGUACUCUCCCAGCUAUCUCACUGAUUCUAACAAUGCAGUGUGGAGUACCUCUUGAAGAUCCUUAUGGGAUUAUAAAUGAAUUGGAGAUGAUUAUGAUUUUUAGCUUGUUAGUUGGAGUGUCAAUUCCAGGGGGAGCUAUGAAGUUUAUGUCUUCAGUUUAGAAGUUUGAGUGUCUGCUUCGUUUGAAGUCAUUAGCUAGAAUCUUGCCUGAAGUCAUUAGCUAGAAUCUUGUCUUGUGGUUAGACUCAUGUGUAUUUACAUGUUUUUAGUUGCAAGUUUCUUUGUGGUUGGGUAUCUUUGUAUCUGUGUGACUGUGUUGCAGGUCUAUAGCAAUCGACAAUCUCUGACUUAGGGGGAGAUUGUUGGAGGGUUAGAAGUCAGAAUUGUUGUUUCCUUAUUGAAGAGGACCGUUGCUGAUUUCAAGGAGGAGAAAAGGAAAGCCUUAGCAUUUUAUGUCAUCAGGACUUUCUUUCCUUUUCUGGUGCCAACGGCUCUGCCUUUGUAUGGCUAUAUAAAGUCUUCAUCCUCUUGCUGAAAUUAACUUUUUGUAAUGAAAAUGAUAGCGUUAGAGGGCUAGGCUUUGGGAUUACAAAGGGCUUGACGAGUAUAGAGGCAUAGGUUCUAUAACGUCAAGGUUGUGGCGGGUCUGGAUUGGGAUCCAGAUUCUUUCUAUUGUUCUUGUUAUUUACGUUCUUCUUUUGAAUUCCUCUUUAUAGGUAAAAUAAAAAAAAAGAGUCUCCUAGAAAUCAGUGGUACUGAUUCUAGGACGAGGACUGACCAGUAGUUUGGGAACCUCGUUAAAAAUUUCUUGUGUUCUUCCUUCCAUAAUCUUGCUGUCUCUAUUUCUCUGUGCAUCACUCUGUUUUUCUUCUGUUUGAAUUGUCUGCUGAAGGAAGAAGAAGAGCACAAACGGAAGUCUUAUUGUUUGCUCGAUUGGGCUAACAAGUACAAAAAGCCCUUUCGUCUCUUCUCUUUUUCAAUUAAUUAUCAUGGGCCUUUACAAUCACUAAGCCCGUUGGUUUUAAGGAAAGAAAGACGAGCAGUUGGAAAUCAUUCCUCCACCUCUCCAUCGUCUUCUUUCCUCUUUCCUUCCAUAUCACCGUUUUUCCUUAACAGUCCAAAUCCCUAAUUUCCAGCCACAGGUUGUUUUACACAACCUUGUUAAUAAGUAGAUAUAAAAAAACUCUCCUAUUGAAAAGACAACGUAGUUAAUAAGUAGGGGGCUAAAAAAUCAGGUUUGGCCCCUAUUGAUUUGACACUAAGGAACAAUAAAAUUCUUACUUGUUCUUUUAAAGAUCUAAUCACCGACAAAUAACCCAAUCACAAUAGAGAACAUCUCCCCUUGAUAAUAAAAUUAUUUUUUUAAUCUCCUCUUGAUUUGACACUAAGGAACAGUAAAAACCUUACUUGUUCUUCCCCUCUUCUGCGUGGAAAAACUGAAGACUCUCUUGAUAAUAAAAUGAUUUUUAAUCCCCUCUUGAUUUGACACUAAGGAACAGUAAAAACCUUACUUGUUCUUUUAUAGAUAUAAUAUAACUACUACUUAAUUGAGGAUCAAUGUUAGGGUUAUAAUCAAUGUUUUGUUGAAUGACUUAUAUUUACGUGGUACGAGGCAAAUAAUCAAGCUCCCAAUAAGGAUUGUCACAUUUUGAUUGUUCAACAUAGGCCUAGCCCACAUUAAUUAACGAAAAGAAGCAAAGUGAGGAGAUAAAAAAAACCACACAAUAAAAAAGAGUUUUUACCAAAUCAUCCAUAUGAAUCCACCAAUGAUCAAGCAUCCAAAUGGGGCUUGUAGUUGUCUACGGGAAUACCCAUCGUCUCGUGCAUGAAAUGAGAUGCGAGAAAUGGGAACAUAUCCGAUGUAAUGCAACAUAAGGUGGCUCAUUGUAUGCCUCUUAGUAGAAUGGAGUGGGAUGCUCCAAUUGUUUUGGUAGAUAUACCACCUAUCUAUUGUGCUACUCGAUAAUGUAACCUUUUAUUCUGAUUAAUAAAUAAACAUAUUUAAAUAUAAACAUUCCGAAAAAUCAAUCAAUAUUGGCAGAAAAUUUUGAAAUAGCAUUUGUAUUUAUAUGAAAGAUCGGUCACAAACUAAACGGGUAAAUUGCAAGGUUAGUCGCUGGAAGUGCUAAAAAAUUCACGUUUGAUCACUAAAAGAAUUUUAUUCCGUUCGUAAUCACUGAAAGUGGUUAACGUUUCACGUUUGGUCACUCUUUGUUAGUUUCCAUUAACACCGUUAGUAAUUUGCUGACAUGGCUAACAGAAGUGCCUAAUCAGCAAAUUUUAAUAUGCCACGUCACAAAAUCCAACCCACCAUGUCAGAACCCUAAUCCUAACCAAACCAAUGCCCUGCCCCACCCUCUCUCUCUCUCUCUCUCUCUCUCAUCUAGCUCUGCCUCUCUCUCUUUGUGAAGCUUUAAAUGAGCCAUGGAUAGCCCGCAGUUGGAUAUUAUGCAACGCCGACCGACGGAAUCACCACUUCUUCUCAACCCAAUUUCCAUCUUCCAACAUCAAGCCGUAAUUGAACGACAUCACGGUCAUGACCUACUUGAAGGAAGAAAAGAAUAAUGAUGGCAGUGGAAAUUCAGGAAGGUUCUUCAUCUCCAGCUCAUCAUCAGACAAGAAGGAAAGGAAAUUACUAUGGUUGGGAUUCAAUUAAAAUCUCGAUAUAAGAAAUGGCAAAGGUCAUACCUCUCUGAUAACUUGAUAUAUACACAUGUUUUUAUCCACCAUUCUUAUGCCGUUUGAGCCUCAUUUCUCGAUCUUAGGCCGAUUUCAUGCUAGGUUGUUCUCGUUUGUGUUAUUUCAGGUCAUAGUACGUGAUUGGAGGUUUGGAAACGAGUUUGGGGUCGAUUGGACGAAAGUUGGACGUGUGGCGAGAAGCUGAGGAGUCCACACGGCCAGACCUAGCAGCCACACGGCCGUGUGUCGUGGCCGUGUGGAAUCCCUUUACGCGGGCAAGGCCACACUGACCGUGUAUGGACCCCUUGUGGCCGUGGGGAAAUUCCAGGGAGCUCACACGGGCAAGCCAGUUUUCCACACGGCUGUGUAGCUUUGGCCGUGUAGCAAUCGUUGAGGCACUUAAUUGGAACGUUGCAUUUUGGCUGUCACACGGGCAGACUGGGAAUCCACACGACCGGGUGGCCUGGCCGUGUGGUCGGGAAAUUCUGGGUUUUAACCCAAUUUGAGCCUAAGGAGAGGGGAAUCGAUUUUCUGGAGCAAAAACAUAGCCCUAGAGAGAAAGUGCGAAGAACACCCUCUAAGAGUGAUUUUGGAGCUGGGUUUCAUCAAUCAAGCUUGGAAAUCAUCCUUGGAGUGAAGAUCAUCAUCCCAGAGCAGAUUCUUCCCAUCUUGAUGAGUAUGACUGCUUUGUUUGAUGUUUCCCUCUCUCUCUCUCUCUCUCUCUCUCUCUAUGGAGUAGAACCCUCUCUCACUUGGGUAUGAAUUGAGUCAAUUGAAGCCUGAUCAUCUUUUAUUGAUUUCUGCUGCAAUCUGAGAUAGAUAGAAUCUGAUUAGGUUGUUAGAGCUUCUUCAAUCGGUAGUAGUGAAUCGAUUAUACGAGAGUUAGUCGAUUCACUGCUUUGUACUGGAAUUCAGUUCUAGUAGUGGAGUUCUGUGUUCAUAGCCUCAGCUUUCUAUCCCGGUGAAGACUAGUCGUCUGCCGGGUAGUUUGACUGAGAGGGCUUGGUCAGCUUAAGAGAUUCCAAACUACUGUCGGAUCUUCCGCAGUAUAAUCAAUAUUAAGGAAACCAAAAGUAAUUACAACUGUGACCUAACUAAGGAGCUAGGGGGACUCAUUCCCGAGUGACUCUUCCCUUGCUUUAGAAAACCGAACAAUGUCCUGCUUUCUUACUGAUUUUAGUUAAAAUCACAACCACUCGACUUAGUUUGCUAGAUAAUAAAUAAUCACGGAGUAGGCAGUAGAUCUAGGCCCGGGUUGACAAAUAGAGCUUGCCACUUACUGCAUUUCCGGACUACGAUUACACUUGGUCGCAGUUUAGUGUUGUUUUUUAGCGUGUCAUUCUCAAUCUGUCUCUGAUUGAACCCUCUCGGUGACCCUGAUUCUCUUUCUCUCUUUCUUUUGCUCAGCAGAAGAGCGAUUGCUUCUCUCCAUUUAAACUAAUUUAGAGUUGUUGGUUUGAUUGUUGUGGGCUAAUUUGUUAGUUGCCGCAAUUUGACAGAGAGAUAAAUUUGGUUAUUGUGAUGGAGAGGAUGGAGAGCAAGGAGGGUCAACCCAUUUGUCAGAGAAGAGAAUGUAAAUUAUUGUAAUGGGGAGGAGGGAGAACGGAGAGCCGGAAUCACGACGCUAAAUUAGCAAAAUUCCACAAGGCACUCAAACGACGGUAAUUAUCAUUGCAGGGGGAUUCGAAGGUCAAGGGUAGGCUGCUGGUCUGGAGGGUGGAUGGGAUAUGGAGGCCGUUGUUGGUGAGGUUGAAAGUGAUGGUGGAAGAGUUGAUGGUGCGGGUGAGGGAGGGAGAGAUGAGUCUCGGAGAUGGGGAUAGAGGAUGAGAGGGACUAUGUUGAAGAGGCGGCCGGUGUAAGAACGGCCGGGUCGAGUGAGGGGUUUGAAUUGGGUUUGGGUUAUGUAGUAGGGGUGAUGUGGCGGGUCAGCUCUUAUGGCGUGGCGAGUUAAAUAGGGUUGAUUAGGUGUUUUCGUUAGCCACUUCAUCAACACACUAACGGUGUUAACGGUGUUAACGGAGGUUACGGAGAUUAACAGAGAGUGACCAAACGUGAAACAUCAACCCUUAUUUGAAAGCCUAUUAAGGCUUUUCCGGCGCACGCCGUUUCUGGUCGUAAAGCCUUGUAAUGGUCUUGAGGAAAAUUGGUUUUAAUCCCAUUAAUUAUUGUCUUUAAUGUGAUUUGCAGGAGUUGACGGUCACAAAAGGGACGUGGAUCUGAUCCCUCCGCCACCAGGACAUAAAUUCAAUUGAAUAUUAUAACCUAAAACAUAAUAACUUCUUUGAACAAAAACGUAAACCAUAAAGAAUAAUCGAUUAAUAAUAAUCCUCACCGCAAAACAGGGUUUUGAAACGGUCAAUUAAAGACCAAAUAGCGUCAUUAAAAGGCCGCUUUAAUGACUCACUAGUCAUUCAUAACGUCUCAUCGGAGACUUUCCGGAAUUGAGGUCGGCGGCUCGCUGACAAGGUAUCCCAUCAGUUUUAACACGAACACAUGGAGCGGGUCACUUUCUCCCUGAUAUCUAUUCUUCCGAACAAUGAAGAUGCAGCCAAGCCUUACAUCCCCUUGGAAUCUGGAACUAUAAGGCUACCACUCCACGUCCACCUUCGAUGCCUUCUUUCUUAAUUUCUUGCUAAGAAAAUAAAAGAGUAGAAAAAUAGGGGAAUGCAGGGGGAUCUCCAUCUCUGUUUUUUUUUCACACCCACAUUCCAAUCUUCAGUGGACCAUUUUCUCAGCAUACUGGUUUCCCACUUCCUUGUGUCUGUCCUUCCCAAGGACCGACUUUUCCUCGGACCAUCUACAAUCUACAACAUCUAUCUAUCUACAUCUCAAAAUUCAAAUUCGACGUUGCGGAAAAGAAAAAAAAGGAGUAAGAUCAUAAUCCUGAAUAGGGGCGACUUCCUCACCGUAUAGCAGCUUUGCUUUCCGUUCAUAAACAAAAUGUGACAUGUUUCAGUAAUUCGACUAGGUUAUAUGGGAACGGAUCCCGUGUGUUCUCCCUCCCAGCUAGUAACAUGUAUCCAAUUAGAGGUUGCUUUUCUGGUGUCUAAGAAUGUUGAUUUAAGUAUGUAAUCAAAUAGUGUUUAUAUAAAACUAAGGGUUAAUUGCAUGGUCGGUCACUGAGAUUACAAAAAACGUUCAAGUUUGGUCACUCAAAAUAUUUAAAUCCGUUGGUGGUACUUCAGUUUACUGAAACCGUUCACGUUUGGUCACUCUCCGUCCAACUCCGUUAACUUUUGCUGACGUGGCGGUCAAUUCUAAAAGUUGACCGUUAAAUGUAUGACGUGACAAUUUAAAAAUAAUAAAAUUAAAAUUUCCAAAAUUGUCAUCUUAUUUCCACUCAUUUGAAAAGAAAGAUGGGAUUAAAUGUGAAAACUGAAAAAAAAGAAAGAGGAAUGGGGAAUUGAAAGUUAAAUAAACAGAGGGGUUUGAAUGGAAUUGAACCGAGAGAAUCGACGAUGCGGAAGCGAGUGUGUUGAGCCCUUUUGUUGAGGGAAUCGGAUACGGAGGUUGGGAUUGUCCAGGCGUCCGACUUGCCUCCCACUGUUAUCUCUUUGGCUUCUGCGCAGAAACAGAGGAGGCAGAGAAGCAGAUAGGAAGAAGAGAAGAGAAUAGUUGUGCGAGCGGCGGCCAUGGAGGUGGUGGUGAAAUAGAGACGAGGGAAGUAAGAAAUAGGGUAUGGAAGGCUAAAUCGGUUGGCUGUUGCUUCUGAAGGGAGAGUGUGCAGAGUGAGUUACUGUUUGCAGCACUAGCAGAGCCAAUCUCCCUGUGACUAACUGUAAUAUAUAACCAAACCCCAGCUCUCAAUAAAGGGCCAAACUUUUUAACUGCAAACCGGAAACAGAGCCAAAAAGGAGAAACUUAUGAGCUAGCACUAGCAGCCAUGGAGUUUGAACCACAACCAUGAACGAGCUAUGCACCGAGCAGCAAGUCUGCAGGCGGAAAAGAGCUCCGGAACUCCAAUUUUCCGACGAAGAAACCAAAGGGUACAAAUCCAAGAACCUCGUCGCCGAGAGGAAGCGCCGGCAGAAGCUCACCGAUCGCCUCCUCAUGCUCCUAGCUUCCGCCCCAAUUAUCACCAAUGCUAGUCUGAAGUCUCUGAUCUUUCUCCCCCAAACAUGAUCAGUUCCAAAUUUCUUCUCCAGUUUGUAUUAUUGAGCCAGAUUACAUGUUUCUCGUUUCCGUUCUGUGUUCGGUUUGUUUUUACAGAUGAACAAGGCGACGAUUCCAUUCAAACCCCUCUGUUUAUUUAACUUUCAAUUCCCCCAUUCCUCUUUCUUUUUUUCAGUUUUCACAUUUAAUCCCCUCUUUCUUUUCAAAUGAGUGGAAAUGAGAUGGCAAUUUUGAAAAUUUUAAUUUUAUUAUUUUUAAAUUGCCAUGUCACACAUUUAACGGUCAACUUUUAGAGUUGACCACCACGUCAGCAAAAGUUAACGGAAUUGGACGGAGAGUGACCAAACGUGAACGGUUUCAGUAAACUGAAAUACCACCAAUGGAUUUAAAUAUUUCGAGUGACCAAACUUGAACGUUUUUUGUAAUCUCAGUGACCAACCAUGCAAUUAACCCAUAAAACUAAUAUAGUUGAUUUUAAUGAUGAUUUUUCUUUGGUUAAAGUGUUAUAAAUAGGUUAUAAUCAGGUACAUUUGAGAGGAUCCCUUAUGGGUUAUCCUAGCGCUUAAUGGUAAUUUUUUAUUAACCAUAAAAAUUACAAAAUAUUUUAAAAACACUACUAUUUUUUUAUUAUUAUCCAGAACCUCAACUCCAUGCGCCACUUUGUGACAGCGGGGCCUACUAAACCUGAGGACCACCUGCAUUCAAUUCGAGGCUAACGGGGCUUCGCCCCCAACAGCUUUGUACCUCGGGAAUCACCAAUGGGCCUCACUUGGAUUCGAACCUGAGAUUUGCAACUCUCAAACCUUCACUCUCGCGACAGCUUUACCGUUAGCCUGUCUUACUUUUGGUAAAAAAACACUACUAUAAGCCACCACAUCUUCCCUUCCAUACAUUGUGGUUGUGUGUGUUUUUUCUUCAUACAAUCUCCCAAUUUAAGAGAAAAAUAUAGAGAAUUUUGGAGUUUUUCUAGCCUAUAAAUAUGUAGUUGUUUUAGUGUUAAUGAAUAAGAAGAUUGGAA